AUGCAACUGUGCUGUGAAUCUGUAAAUGGCUCUUGCAUAAAGAGCAGCUGGUCGAACAGUAUCCGCAUUUCCAUGUAUAUCUUCAUGGUUUGCAUUAUUCUGGCCACAGUGUUUGGAAAUCUGAUGGUUAUCAUCUCAAUAUCACAUUUUAAGCAGCUCCACACACCUACCAACUUCUUGAUACUUUCCAUGGCUACAGCUGACUUUUUGCUGGGAUUCCUCGUCAUGCCUUGCAGCAUGGUGCGCUCUGUUGAGCACUGCUGGUAUUUUGGUGACUUCUUCUGCAAGAUCCACACAAGCAUGGACAUUAUGUUGAGCACGGCUUCCAUCUUCCAUCUUUCUUUCAUAUCCAUUGAUCGUUACUAUGCUGUGUGUGACCCUCUAAGAUACAAAUCAAAGAUAAAUACUUUUGUUAUCCUGGUCAUGAUAUUCAUAAGUUGGACUGUCCCUGCUGGUUUUGCUUUUGGGAUGAUCUUUCUAGAACUAAAUUUGCUAGGAGCAGAAGAGAUUUAUAAUCACAUCCAUUGUGCAGGAGGAUGUUUUGUCUUCUUUAGUGAAACUUCAGGUGUUGUGGCCUCCAUAGUGUCUUUUUACAUCCCUGGAUUUGUUAUGCUGUAUGUCUAUAGGAAAAUAUACUCUGUAGCCAAAAGGCGCAGAUCCAUUGAAGCAAUUAGCCAAAAGAAGAGAUAUGAAAUGAAGCACCACAUUUCAUGCUGCAGAGAAAGGAAAGCUGCAAAGACAUUAUGUAUAAUAAUGGGAGUAUUUUUUAUAUGCUGGAGUCCAUUCUUCUUCCUUACAGCAACUGAUCCAUUUAUGAAUUAUGUGGCUCCUCCUGUUCUCAUUGAUGCUUUGGUUUGGUUUGGUUAUUUAAAUUCUGCAUUUAAUCCAAUUGUUUAUGCAUUUUUUUACAUGUGGUUUCGCAAAGCAUUAAAGAUGAUUCUUUUUGGAAACAUUUUUCAAAAGGACUCUUCAAGGAUUCAAUUAUUUUUAGAGUGA